AUGCUGUCCCACUGCUGGGUUUCCGAAGGUAUCUGGUAUGAAUUAGGCAGGUAUGAGUAUGACAUCGAGGUGGCGACGUCCUGUGUCGUGGUGCGCACGUGGCCCCAGGGUGCCGGAUUCGUGGGGGAGUCCAUCAACGUCCCCAGCAGCUCCCCGGAGCACCUGAGGGGGGAGUGCAACAUAGUCGACGACAGCGGCCGAGGAGUUCUGAACUUCACUCUGUCUUCUGGAGGAGAGGCGAAGAAAACGCGUCAGCUUCCAAAGGUAGUAGUAAUCUACAACGAGGGUGAUAACAUCAUAAACUACAGCUGCCUUGAGGAUGAAGCUAAUAAUAAAAAGGAAGAAUUCGCCUGGAUAUUUUCUAGGAAACCACAGAUUGUGGGUGUCGAAAGAGAAGAUUUUAUAUCGACUAUAAGGUCCCUCGAUGUCUUAGAUAUCAACAAAUUUAUCUGGAUAGACCAAAGCCAAUGCAACUAA